UUGGCGGGAAAGCGAGGAGUGAAGUUGUGUGAUUUGUUUUAUUUUGUUUAUUUAGUGUUUUUCAAGUUUAAAUGUAUAAUAACGGUGGUUUAUUAACUGUUUAGUAUCUGUGAAAGUGCACAAAUGUGGAAAAUUUAAACAAAGCCGCUGAAUGUAACUUCUCGGGAUCCUCCAGAAAAAGUCUCAGCCAACGUCAAAGUCAAAAGACCACCUUUUUACUGAGAUUAAUGAUUAUAUUUCAUCCCAUAUCAUCUCAUUAAAUCAACCUCAACUUCAUUUCAUUUCAUAAUACCAUUUUCAUAUAAAAUAGUUUUCAUUAAAAUUAAAAUAAGACUUGACCUAAAUAAAGGUCUUAGUUACAAGGACAUAAAACUUUAAAAAAAAACAUUACCACCAAAAGAAAACCUGAAAACGUAUGACUGACUAAAGUAAAUCAAUAUAUUCGCAAAAUAAGUAUGUAGUCUAGCAUGUCUAAACGCGAGUUAUAGGUAUAAUCAUCAACUGCAUUGUGCUUCACAGUCACCAUCUUUGAGAAUUGUCGAGUUAUGAAAAAGAGCGGCCGCCGACAGAAACGGAAGCUCAAGUUCUACAAGGAAAAACGCUGAACAGCGAAAGAAAUGAGCUCGCCAUGGGGUUUCAAAAUGCUUGGAAAAACAUUAAGGAAAAUUAUAUGGAAUAUGUGUUCUAUGAUGGCCAUUGAAACCAAAGGAGUGCCUGGUCAAGCUUGUCGGCUGGUGGAGCGUAGUAUCGUUGCACGCAUCAAGGAGAGUGGAAAUAUAAGUGGAACUGAGUGGGACCAUUUUAAACGGCAUCUAGCGAUUCGUAUACCUCUGAUAAUGGCUUCUGCAGUUCAGAUAGCUGCCAAAAUGUCACACGCCUCGGAGUCAAUAAAAGCGAGCGUAAUACAAAGGGUCCUUCAGAUACGAGGAUCAAACUAUUCAAUAGAAGAGAUCAAUCAAUCAGAAUGCGAAGUGCUUAAAAACUUAGAUUUCCGUGUGCCGAUAUGGACGAGCGUCGAAGUGGCUACGCUUUUGGCCACCGAGGUCGGUAUGACGAGCGAAAUGAUUUCCGGCGUCGAAUUGAUGGUUGACUUGGCCGAGUUCAACCGUUUCAAAUUAGAAAACGACAUGUGCAUCACCGCGACCCCGUCCAACUCGUCAUGUUUAAUGAAGAAACGUUUGCGCACACUACACCUGACGGCGGGCGCAGUGAUGGCCACAGUACAAUAUUACGAAUUGACCGGGCUGGAUCCGGUCGGUAAGUUAGCUAGUAUUACACGGGUACCGGCGACGUUUAUCACGUGCAUCGCCGAUUUUAUCAUAAAGUAUUUGGAUGAGGAAGAUCUGCCGUACCUCCCUAUGCCGCGAAAGCGAAAAUUUAGUGAAGUGUGAUUUUUAGUUCGUGAUGUCGCGACUCGCUAACUACUAACGGUAGAUACGUCGUAGAGUGCAACUUGAUUAUAUAAGCAACACUACGGCAACCUGUAAGUGAGUCAGCGAACACGAGGAUUUCAUUUGAAAUUGUAUAUUUUAACUUUCAUCAUGUUUUAAACUUUAAAUAUAACUGGAUUUGUGAUGAUUUUUAUUUUAAUGUAGAACAUAUGUACAUACAUUUUAAAUGGGUCGCUGUAAAAAAAAUAAAAAAAAACCCUGAAACUGAAAUCUUAAAGAUUUUAACGAUAGGUUUUUUGUUUCAAAAAUAUUUUUUAGGUUCUAAAAUGAAUUUACUAUUUUUUGAAAUUCCUCCUCUCUACGUUUUUCUAAGGACAAACAUUGUUGCCGACUUUUUGUCAAAUUGUUCGUUAUUAUAGUUUAAACGUAACAAAUGAACUGUAACUUAGUAUUAUUGGUUCAUUAAGGGCUUCUCUAAUAAAUACUUCGAAUUGUGAUGUUUGUCUCGUAAUUUUCUUUUCUUUAAACAUUCAGCAAAUGUUUAAAAAAUAUGAAAUACGACACUAAUAUGAUAAUUCAAUGAAAACGGAAAACUGUUAUCGCGUCGAUAAUUUGAAUUGUUUACUAAAAUUAUAUGCCAGAUAUCGUAAGUUAUAUUUAACUUCACGUUGUAUAAACGGUAGUAUUUUGUAUGAUUAAAGUAACUUUUUAUUAAAAAAAAAAUGUACUCUUAUAGUUUUAAGCUUCAAUAAAUAUUUUUAUGUUUGUUUUCUCUCUUAAUAAAGGUCUUUGAUUUUA